AUGGAUUCCCCUUUGACCCAGCAAAGUAGACCGGAAACCUUCAAACCGAAGAUCGUGCAACUAUACGAGAAUCUAUUCCAGACCACGGAUUUUGCAGAACCCUCGGAGGGUUUCUGGAGAGAAUUCUUUUUGCUGCCACCGGAUAGGAGCCAGCUCAAUGCACUACUAAAUCAGCUCGGUCCUGAUGAAACCCUGAAUCUGCAGGCUCAAACCCAGCAGCUCUUCACUCGUGCCAUAAGUGAAGCUGCGUCGGGGUCCAGUCCCGUUGAUUCGUAUGCUCUUGAGACCUUGACGGUCUUUCUAGCCUGUGUCUUGAAGAAGAAAUACACCAAUCCCAGCUCAGAUGUGAUCACCGUUCUCGCUGGUCUCGACAAUGUUGACCAUGCAAUUUUCAACUUCGUCGCUGUCUUGGAUGGGAUCAUUCGCAAUGGAAAACCCUGUGAGCUCCUAGCGCAAUGGAAGAGUUAUGGUCAAGCGCUGACUGGUCAUUUAGAUGCGCUACGACUUCAGGCCAUCAAGACUGCUAUUGCAAUGACUGCUGGCGCAUACAAGACCAGCCUCGUCUCAUAUCUCACGCAUCGUGACCUAUUCCCUUCAAUCAUGAAGUUCGUACAAGAGUCGGAGACGCCCGUGCAAGUAUUCGAGCCGUUUCUUCUUCUCGGACUUUUAGCAAAUUACAACAAGUUCGAGAUGCAGAAUCCGUACCAGCUGCGGCUUGACGACUUUGUGAAUGAAGCGAGCAUCCAGAAGAUCGCCAGGGGAGUUGGUAGUUCCUGUGGAGCCCUCAGAAACGGAUAUGUUGCCGUGCAGGACGACUCUCCCGAGGGUUGGACUUUGAUCAGCACGCUGAUGUACUUUGGCUUGGGCGCUCUUGCUUCCAGUAAGAAGGAUCGGCCAAAUCCACCAACUGCCGAGGAAGCGAAGGAGUUAUUUACAUCACUGCCCGCGCAACAAGCGGCCAUUCUCCUAGCUACCUACGACUUCAUCAAUGCCAACAAACUGUUCGGGCUUCAUCUCAUCAACUUGGCCUCCGAAAAGGAGAACGAGGAGUCGCCAUUCGCAUCAUUCCUCUCAUUGACAUCCUAUCUUCUACAGCAUGCCUACCGAUCACCGCGGACCGCUCACUACGCAGAGCUCAACCUCUUGAUCCUCCGCAUAAUAUCCGAAGACAACGCCCUCUGCAAACAACUUUGCAGCGACGAAAGCAAGCGCAAAGUCCGACUCUGUCGCCAAAAGCAACCAUAUCUGCCUCUCAUCACCAGCGAGCGAGUUCCCACCACAGCCAUCUUCGACAUCCUCAUUGAUACCCUGACUCAUAACCUUCGACGUCGCCUCGAUGUCAAUCUCUACAGCCACUGCAUCGCCAUCUUCCUCCGCCUCCUCACCUACCUCUCCAAGAACAAGAUCCGCCUCACCUACCACUGGUCCGAACUCUGGCGCACCUUACUCUCCCUGAUGCGCUUCCUGACCACCUACGUCGCCGACCUCAUCACCAGCACCCCGCACAUCCACACCCUCACCACCACCCUGAUCAACCUGAUCGCCUUCUGCGUCUCCGCGGGGGACACCUUCCUUCCGGACCCGUCCAGCUACGACGACCUCUUCUACAAGCUCGUCGAGACCGGCCCCAUCAUUGCCCGAUUCCGCGAUGUGUAUGCCUUCAAGACCAGCAGCAGCAGCAAUAUCAGCGGUCCUCACUCGGCGGUGGCGGUAGGCCACAUUCCCAAGACGGACCCGACCACCUCAUCCAGUAGCACAGAGGUCCACGUCACCGCGACCGAUACCUUGAUCUCCGUCUCCACGCACUUCCACACCCUCCUGUUUGUCCCAGAUAAGGGCGGCGAGGCUGGUGCGGUGGCGGAUGGCGAGAGCCCGGCGCCCGUGUCUCCAAACCUGAAGAAGAAUCUCAGUCCGCGGGAGGUGCAUCGCAUCAUCAAGCAAGGGUAUGAGACGCUGAGUAUCCCGCCGCUGGAGGGUCUCAGUGCGUGGCAGAAGUUCCGGGAGGCGGACUGGAAGGUGGAAUUGAAGCGGGCGGCGCGGUGCGCCGUGGAUGAUGCUAGGCAAUUAGUCGCGUAG